AGAACACCCAACGACCGCUCGACAUGCCUGUGUUAAUGGGUUCGGAUUCGAUGGAAAUAUUCUAAAAAUAUUGCAACAGUGCGUUAGUUCGCCGGUCGAAUGAGAAAGGUGGUUUAGGAAAUCAAAAGAAUGUUACAGUAAUUAAAAAUGAAUUCGUGGAACUACAUAUGGUGAUGGAUACAGCGUCCGGAUUGUGCCGAAAAAUGUUUCGACAUUUUUUGAUUGAAUUAUUUAGUGAAUCAAAGCAUUAUUUGCCCCAUAAAAGACAACCAUAAUGGCGAAAAAAGGGAAAGCCAAAAAUGGACCUGUGAAAACGGAGGCUACUGCAGAUGAGAAAACAACUGCAGCAACACCUCCAGCGGAAAAUACUCCUACCGAAGUGGUGAAACCCGUUGAACAAUCAACAAAACCCGCUGUUCAAAAGCCUGUUGAGAUUUCCAAAACGCCGGAGGAGUCGGGAAAAGAAACAGCAAAACCAGCGGAAACUAAGAAGCAAACCACGCCCCGACAAAAGCAAAAAGCUCCCCCCAAACCGAACGAAGACGCAAAGAAAAAGGAACCUCCAUCGAAAGAUUCCCCUACCCAAGCAUCUAAUCCGUUACAGAAUGGAGGCCCAACUUUGGCGGAAUCUACCGCACCCGAGGGCACUGCCAGUGAAGCCGAAGGUACUCAAACCAUCAAAAGGAAGCGCAAUCGAAGACAUCGCAAGAAGAAAACACCCGCCGAAGGCGAAGAAGCUGGCUCGCAGCAGCAGACGCAAAAAACCGCUCCGCCAGUGUCCGCUGAUGGAGAGAAACCGAAGAAGGAGCACAAGAAAAAACGUGCAAAGAGACUGCGCGCUCUAGCUCUGGCUGAGGCGGCAGCAAGCGCGCAGAUAGCAGUAGCUGAAGGAGCCACCGGUCAACAACCGGACAAAAUCGAACAGCUGCAGAAAAAAAUCGAAAUUGCCGAGAAAGUUCUCCAACAGGUCCAGCAGCAGACCCAUGAGGAACAGAAGAAAGUAGAGGGUCUGAAACCGGACUCGCCAAAGCAGCAACAAAAGCAGAACAACAAACGCAACCGAAACGAUUCCGAAACACAGAAGCUGGCCCAAAAAGAAGCCGAAGUGAAGAAAAUUUCCGAAGAAAAGAAGGAAAUACUGAGCGAAGCGAAGAAAUUACAAGAAACCAAAGCUCGCAAGCAGCAGGAAAUGCAGAAGCUGCUUGCAGAGAAAGCCCAAAAGGAAGAGGAAGCCAAACGACUCAUAGAGGAGAAAAAUCGCAAAGAAGCAGAAGCAGCUAAGCUCAAUGAGCAAAAGGCUCGAAUUGAGGCGGUUGAACAAAAAAUCACCGAAUUGGAACAGAUGAAAGUUGAACCCGCCGCCGCAAAGCAGCAGCAGCAACAACAGCAGCAAAGGCCACGUAAGGAGUCCGAAUCGAGCAAAAAUAAAAAACAACAAGUGAAACAGGACAGUAAAGAAUCUGAUUCAGCGAAAAAAGGCCCAGAGCAGCAAGCUAAACCCGAAGUAAUCGAAAAGAAAGCCAGUGUAGAUAAGGUUGAGAAACCUACUACCGAAAAGAAGCCAGCACCCGAAAAAGCCGCACCUGAAAAAAAGGUCGCAGUUGAAAAGGUAACUGUCGACAAGGCUGAAGCAGAUAAGAUCGCCGCCGAAAAGAAGAACGCUGCUGAGAAGGCUGCUGCGGACAAAGCAGCAGCAGAGAAGGCCGCUGUUGAAAAAAAGAUUGCUACUGAAAAAGCAGCAGCUGAGAAGGCCGCCAGCGAGAAAGCGGCAGCCGAAAAAGCAGCAGCUGAGAAGCUAGCCGCUGAGAAGGCCGCUGCAGAGAAGAAACUGGCUGCCGAAAAAGCAGCCGCUGAAAAGGCAGCAGCAGAGAAAGCUGCAGCCGAGAAACUAGCCGCUGAAAAGGCCGCCGCGGAAAAGAAAUUUGCUGCCGAAAAGGCAGCCGCUGAAAAAGCAGCAGCUGAGAAGGCAGCUGCUGAAAAAAUUGCUGCCCAGAAAGCUGCAGCAGAGAAAGCCGCUGCCGAAAAAGCGGCAGCUGAAAAGGCUGCAGCAGAGAAAGCCGCUGCAGAAAAGGCAACCGCGGAAAAGGCAGCAGCUGCAAAAAUAGCAGCGGAGAAAGCCGCUGCUGAAAAACUAGCUGCUGAGAAAGCCGCUGCAGAAAAAAAGGCGUUUGCAGAAAAGGCAGCCGUUGAGAAGGCAGCAGCUGAAAAGGCAGCCGCGGAAAAAGCCGCUGCCGAAAAACUAGCUGCAGAGAAGGCCGCUGCAGAAAAAAAGGCACUUGCGGAAAAGGCAGCAGCUGAGAAAGCAGCAGCAGAUAAAGCAGCGGCAGAUAAGGCAGCAGCAGAUAAAGCAGCAGUAGAUAAAGCAGCAGCAGAUAAAGCAGCAGCAGAUAAGGCUGCAGCAGAUAAGGCUGCAGCUGAUAAAGCUGCAGCAGAGAAAGUAGCAGCGGAAAAAAUAGCUGCUGAGAAAGCCGCAGUUGAAAAGGCAGCAGCUGAGAAACUAGCAGCCGAAAAAGCAGCAGCAGAGAAGGCAACUGCUGAAAAGGCAGCAACAGAAAAAGCAGCGGCUGUAAAUUUGCCAGCAGAAAAAUUAUCGGCGGAACAAGCCACCGUUGAAAAUGCUGCUAUCAAACUAACAGCACCAGCAAAUGUCGAAUCUCAAAAACCGACAUCUGAAAAUGGAGCUGCCAAAAAAUCAGAAUCUAAGCCAAACGAUAACAAACCCAAACCAGAACAUAAAGGGAACAACAAGAAAAACAAGCGAAGCCCAAAGAGUAGUAUGUCGGAAGACGAAAAACUGACCGGUCCAAAAAACGUGGAAAGCAGCGAUUUUGUCUCAUCUGUUAAGCCAGAACCAGUUGUAGCAAAAUCGCUAGAAACCGCUGCCAUUGCUGCUGUAGCCGCAGUUUGUCCAGUUGCCGCUACCAAAGCAGAAGAAUCUAAAUCCGGCUCUCCAGAAAAGACUGCCUCGGCCAAGCAAAACACAACGGAACAAAAGAAGGGAUCACCCCCAAAGGGUAACGGAACCGCUGCUAAACCGAAACCACAACCACAGCCACCGACGACAACUGCUAAGCCACAGACACCAUCAAAAUCACCAGAAAAGACACUGCCGAAAGUCAGUACUCCAACUCCAAUGAAAAAAGCACCUUCUCCACCGAAAACAGUUCCUUCUCGAGCCUCUCCAAAACCAGCAACUCCACCAGCAACUCCGAAUCCUACCAAGAAACCCGAACUCCCACCUAAGCCUGAAUUUCUAAAGAAAAAAUCCCCUUCAAUAGAGAAGGACAAGCAGCCAGUCGUUAAACAAUCAGCACCAGAUUCUGCCAUAGAGACUACGAUGCCACAGGUACCAUCUGCAUCACCAGCUCCGUGUCCUGUUCCCGAACCUUCCAGUACAGUUCCUACAAGUCCCUCCACUGAUCUUCCAUCUCCAGAUGCAAACGCCGCGGCUACGAACCGACUAACGGAAGAAUUGAACGGAGCAGGCGGCAGAAAACCAGCAACCAGCCCAAGUAAAGUAAAAACGCUGCCAAAGAAACCAGACGUUCCACCGAAACCGGACGUUCACAACAAAAAUGCAGCCAAGAUGAAGACUCCCAUCAAGCAGCCUGCAGCCGCUGGAUCGAAGGCACCAACGUCUGAUUCUAGGUCCCCGGCCACGGAGCAAAGUAGAUCGGAAGCAUUUAAGAAAAAUAUGGAAAUUAUUUCCACUCUCGCCGAUAUCCUUCUAUCCUAUCCCAAGAAAAAGAAAACCCUUUCCCCCUCCGAUAAUACUCCUAGCUCAUCAAGCGCAUUAACACCAUCCACCAGUACAGCAAACACUAGCUCGAACCAACCAUCAGCAGACACCAAAAAACCACAAGAACCUAAAGCCAAAAAGCCGAGAUCGAAUCUUAAUCUCGAUCGUAUACUAUCCAUUUUGCAAAGUACUCAAAGACCUGGUAACAGCAAUGACGGCGAGGCAAAAAGCCUUCAAGGCUUUGGUUUCCACAGUGCAUUCGAGGCACAACCUUCAUCUUCAUCUCCGUUACCAGCAUCCGCAUCUAUGACGCUCCCUGUCACAUCAGUGUCAAAAUCGAGUGCAGAUCCUUGUUCAUCCCAGCAAGCCCUUCUAACCAAAGACGCUAUCCGUAUUUUGAUGCCUACCUUGCAGGAGGUAAACGUGAAGUUCAACGUCGAAAAGCAACUCGCGGCACUCAAUGCGACCGCAGCUGCCGCUAAACUGAUGCCGAAAACUCUUCCCCCCGGUACGGAUACAACCGACGAUGAUGAGCUCGAAGAAGAGUUAGACGAAGAGGAAGAAUCCAUUGAGUACAAGUUUGCGCCUCGUCCGGUGUUCUUGGCCACCAAUUGUCAAGUUUGUAAAAACCCGCUUAAAACGAUGGUUCAAUGUGAACUAUGCCACAUGGUGUCCUAUUGUGGGGAAGACCAUCGGCGGGCGGAUGUCGCUGGCCACAAAGACCUUUGCAGUAUCAUAGCGGAGCUCGCAAAGCGAAGAGGUGGACACAUCUACAACAUGGCGCACAAAUUAACAGACGACGAGUAUCGCAACCUCCGUGUCCACACAUUAAACCAAUCGGAACAAAUGUUAAAACGACCGCUUCAACCAUUCGAACGGGAGAUCCUUCUUUUCCCUCGGACAUGCUGUUCACCUAGUUGUCGUGAGUGGAGACAGGAUCUACUCACCGAAUGUAAGGAAUGCCGUCAGUUAUCGUUUUGUGCCGAGCAUCCAGAACAUCUCCUGCCUACCCAUAAAACCUGGUGCAAGUCGUUCUUCCUCUUCCAAAAGAUAAUUCUUCGACAGAAACUUCUCGGCCGCAUCGAGCCGGAUCUACCAGUUCGAAUAGCGGGAAAAACGUUCACUCUUCCUCCCAACAUCGAUGAAGUCAUCAAGCUGCUCUACAAGAACUCAAGCGCACUUCGGGAUGAAUGUGUUUACGCAACGUUAACACAGAUCGCCACUGCACCGCUGACCGCCCUGCACGGUUACUUGCAGACCGGUCUAAAGCCGACGGAAACCUUCACCAUCCAUCUGGUUGGCGCGGAGUUGCAGUUUGAAGGCGACACCCUGGACAAGUGGGAAGCAUUCUUCCUUCACAUCGUGCCGGAAAUCACCGAACUGCGAGUUGUGUUCGUGGGACCCGAACUGAACGUCGAGAAUCUGCCGAUAGAUAUCAUCAGCCGAAUUCGAAUGUGCCGGACCUGCCGCAUGAAGUGCCGCGGAGUGAAGUUUGACUUUCAGUGUCGGCGGUUCUACCACGAUUACCAGCAAGACCGUAGCUGCUAUUCGAAACCGAAUCUGGUAUGUUUCUUCAACCCUGUCCUGCAUUCGACCGCCAAUUUUGAAGGCUUCGAUACCUGGCCUGCCACCCUGGAAGCUGUUGCAGCCAUCAAAUGUCCGGUUAUCGUGAGCGCCUACACGGAACUCGAUUGCCCACUGGAUUUAAUCCGAUUUCAGAGGGAAGCCACGCGACCGUUACAGAUUGUUCAGCAACCAACACUGAAUCCGUACAGAUCCAAACGCCCCGAACGCAACUUUAUUUCCGAUGGGAUUGUACCAUUAAUCUUUAAAAACUAUUACUACUUCGUAGUGAAAUGACCCGAAACCAUUUUGUUAUACGCAAUAGUUAUCGUUCCUAUCAUCUACCUCCUGUAUCUGAAAGUAUCGCUAAUAAUUUCCAUGUUUUUCUAUAGAAAGUGUAAUCAAAAAAAAGUAUAAUUUGUGUCAACCAUUGUCAAUCGUAAUAAAUCGCAACUUUUAAAAUGUA